UAGCCGACUGCUUGCGUGAGGCGUGUUUGGCCGGGCAAGGACACACAGGACUGGAAUGACAUUUGUGUAAGUUACAACCAACGCUCUCUAGGUUAUGAACGGCGACAACCGAGCGUAGCUGAUACACAAAAUCUUGCCCGGGGGGCCAGGACAUCUUGACGGAUUUAAACCGGGUUUCAUUUUUUUAAGCAGACCAACAAGGAAUAUUUAAUGUCAUAUGUUGUGCUCACAGUACAUUGUAUCAGGACUUCAAAUAACGUUGGGUAGAGGGUCUUCUAAAGAAGAGAGAGCGUCUUUGUGGUGUCAUCUGUGCUCUGGGUGAUGGUCAGCUGGUGACCGGGGUUCCUGUGCCCCCUGUGGUGAAUGGCUGUGAGCAGAGGAGGUGUGGCCUUUUGGGUGGGUUGUGUCCGCAGCCACGGAAGGAGGCAACCCAUCCAAACACGACGCUGGAUUCAAAGUCAGGUCGUCAACUGGCAUUGGAUCUGUCAGACACGCCCCCUGAGCAGUGCAACAUGGGCUCUGGCGCCCCCUAACAGCCUGAGAUAUCAGAACAUUAAGCAGCCAGUGCUGCUCCAACCACUGCCCCAUACGAGCCAGUCUCAGAAACAAGGUUGCUAUGAGGAAGACUGGGAGGAGUCCCUCAGCGUGUGUGUACUGGUACAACCGGGAGAGUCAAAUGGCCUCCACACCUUGCUGGAGAUCCCUCUGUUUAGUCAAAAUAAACCAGUAGAGCUCCUUGCUCUGGCAACGCAGAAGUCCUCUGAAUUCUCCUUUCCACUCACCACGGUGGACGGUUGCAGAGAGGAUGACAUCAGUGUAGAGAACUUCAAGAGUAAAGGUGCUGAUGCUGGGAAGAGAGAACACGGGUGCUUCAGAAGCCUGUUUGAAGCGGAGGGAUGUCCUGCACCGUUCAUCUAUGGUUCUAGGUUUUAUUGUUUUCAUUGCCCUGCGACGUGUCUGGUGCCUGGCAACAUCCUGAAAUCUAGCCAGGAUGGUGGACUUGAUAAGAAGCUUGUGGAGCUACCUCUGCUGCCUCCUCUCUCUCUGUAUAGUGAUGUUGGCAGAGAAGAGGGGCAGCAUACAGAAGGAGACAGUGAAAGAGAGGAGCAACUGGCCAUGAUGUAUGAAAGACUGAGAAUAGAGCUUCCAAGAUUCUUUCUGACGAGCCAUGACUACACCAUGUACUCGAAUGAUGUGGAGUUUAUCAAUGGCCUCUUAAAUACUAAGACCAGAGGCCGUAUGCUAUACCAGUUCACCGUUUCCCUGUGGCGCCUGCUUUGUCUGUGUUACUACACCGAGGUUCGGCUGGAUGUACUGAAGCUCACCAAACACAUGGAGGAUGGGACCAUUAAGGCUCGCUGGAGGAUCCACGGCCUUCCCUUCCACAUUCAGCUGCUUCGUUUCUAUCGUAAAAAUAAAUCCCACCUAUACAGGUCCUAUGAUGCAUUCUCUACUUUUUACAUUGGACAGGAUGGACUCAUUCACUGUCACAAAGUGGAAAAGGUGAUGCCAGCUCAGCCCCCCGUCCUUCCCAGAGUAACUUCCCUUCUAACGGGAACUCUAGUGGCACUAGGUGUGCAGGAGCAUCGUCCUGCUCUCAACCUGUUGCCCCUCCUCUUGUCCUCUCUGCGGCAAAGCAGAAACUGAUCCCAGAGCCACAAGUAGAGGACAACAGCCAGUGGAAUAAACAGUGUGUCCACAAGACCCUGAAGAAUAUUCUUUAAUCUCAACAUAGGAAUGCAUUAAAAUAGAAGGUUAAGUUCUAAAAUGUCAUAUUUUUGCCCUUGAGUUAAAUACAAAGCCAAGUCCUUCCACUAUUUUCCUUAUUCUAAUGUUAGUUCAGCUAUUAUUAAUUAACCUGUACAUAGACCUGCACUUUGAGGUCCAGGUAUCACAUGGCUAGCACUCCAGUCAGCCAUCAGCUGUUGUACUACCAGACAACCGUUUUAUUUGUUUUCCAGCUUUUAAAACCGAAGCUAAGAAAUUACAAACAUCACUCCUUUAAAAGAUUAUUUUUGAUUUCCAACAACAGUUUGACGUUUGUGGAUGUGAAACUCAGUUUUUCCAUUUUAAACCUGGAUACAAAAUUGAACUGUUCAGCAUAGCAGAUGAUGCCUAAUAUCAGAUCAACAGAAAUGAAAGAGAAGGAUGUGGGUCUUUUAGAGAUUGAACAUAAGGAAUGUGUGCAAUAAAUGAAAAGGUAAUGUUA